CUACAUCCUGCGUAAUAGCUCACCCACCACAUACCUUGGAGAUGCAUGGCAGGCUAGAGGCGCAGCCGGCACGGUCAGUGCUGCACCUGCGUGCAACUCAGCUGUUUGACGCGCUUGACGUGCUGCACCAGGGCUGGUUGGAGCUGCGUUGGGCCACAGAUGCACUGGCAUCAUUCAAGCUCCCCAAGAAGGAGCAUGAAAGAAUGGCGAUGCUUCUAGAGCGUGCUGCUCAUGCAGGAGGUUGUGGAAGUUCAGACCAACGACAUGUCACUCGGAAGAGCUUUCUGAAGGAAGUUGCUGCAGAAAGAUCUCAAUCUUGCUCCCUGAGUGUUGGGCGGUUUGAAAGCAAGAGUUCUUGCGAUCAGGAAUCCCGAACUUGGAAUUGGCCAAGAGCAAAGGCAGAUGAUUCAUGCGCAUACGUUUGCUCCCCGCCUGCUUCUUCGCGACCCGUGUCUCCGUUGUCGCAGGCCGCCUCACUUCGCUCAAGCCCAGAGGUGAGCUUGUCUCCUUCGCCUCCGCCAGCAGGAGAGGGCUGCAGAGCGGCGGGAGGCCCAGGCGCCCCUGCACGCUGCUAUCCGGUAGGGUGGGGCAUAUCUCGGGGCUGUGCUGCCGCUAAGCCAGCAAGAUCUCUGACACCAAACUCAUGGAAGGCUCUUGCGAGACGAGCUGAGCGGGAAGGCCGGGCUCAAGCUGCAGCGGAAAUUGCACUGCUUCGCAUGAAUGUUGGGCUUCCAGCGUCACGCCAGGAGGCUCAAGCGCAACCUGAAAGACCUUUGCUGAACAGUUUACACGGUGUCCAGGUCGUUCCACCGGUGGAUCCGUCGCUUAGCUCCAUCUCAACUUCUGCAGGCUCACCACAGUCUUCACCACGAAUGGAUCGGGAACGCUCCAAGCCACGUACACCGCGAAGAUGUCAGAAGGAUAGGACUCCAUCACCUCGUCAGCCUUUACGAUUGGAUAAGGACACUACAAGGGAGAAGAGCAACUGGUCACCUUGCAAGUGGCCACCAUCCUCGAGAUGGCCUUCUACCCAACUGCCACAGAAUGUAAACAACUGGCCUCUUGCAAAAGGCGACAAGCCAACAGGACUGGAGACGUGGACGCAUCUCCUUUUCAGCACUGGUCUCCGGUGCUCUCCUUCUGAGACUCCAUAUGCUUGUGGUAAAUGUGGAACUAGGACUGAAACCUGGCACCUGGAGGAUAGACCUAUCUCUCCGCGCUUGGGUCGUGCGCCAAUCCGAAGCCUGACUCCACGCUUGAGAGAACGAAAGCAACAUGAAGCAGAAGCGAAGCUUCGAGCACGUGAAGUUCGACCCCGAAGCCCGAGAGCUCGAAGUGCAAGCCCGAGAGGCCCAAGAGGCCCGAGAGGCCGACACGUGCAGCGAUCCUUAAGCUCCAGUGUAAGUGCUACUGGUGCAAAGCACAGGGCGAAAGGACGAGAACAUGCAAUGCCUCCAAAGAGCUCAAAGCCAAGCCCAGCAGACUUGGCACGACUCCAGCAGGAACUCAAGGCUCAGAUUGCAUUGGUGAAUCGGGCCUUAGAUGGGGCAUCAGCACCUUUGGCUGCCAAGCGCAAGCCUUACACGGCAGCUGAGAGAGCAAAAGCCAGAACCGCCCAGUUUCCGGUUUUAAAACUCGGUACCAUCGUAGAUGCGUCGCAAAGUUUACUAACUCUUACAUUGAGGUAUUGCAGCCUUGCAGAGACAGGAGCCUAAAGUUGGCUGUGCGAAAGGCCAGCAUAAUUCAGGCUGCCGAGCUCUUGCAGUUUGCAAGGACAUUUGCCACUGCCGGUUGUUGAGUAGUGAGUCAUGUCUUUGUUGGCCGCUGAGUCAUUGCUUGGCUCAUGUUGGC